AUGAGCAAGCGCAAAGCCUCGCGCUCCCCCGCAGAGUCCAAACCGCCCAAACAACGGCAAGAAGUCGACCCCGAGCCUAGCUCACCUUCUCGGACAGCCUGCCACACCCUCGCAUACCCGGAUACACGGUCUAGCCUCACUUCUCAGCCGGUGCCCUUUCAACAGCCUACCGGGCUUCUCACGUUCUCGUACACACCCAAGCGCGUGCUCCAGUUCACCGACUCCGCGCUCCGCUACUACGUUGACCCCCCACCAGGUGCAGACCUGAAGUAUGGCUACGAUCGCUGGAUCAAGCGUCCGGAGGAGAGGACGCGCCUGGAUGGCCUGCUUCGCGGGGUGGAGCGCGUCAUGUCGAAAGCCGACGCGAAUGUGGGCCCCGGGAGCGGCGGGAAGUGGCUGAAGGAUAUCUCGGUGGUCACUUGGAGAGGGAUCAUGACCAAGAUCUUGACUGCACCGUACGAAGAGCGCGACCGAUGCGAGCUGAACGCGAUGUACGUCGGCGGUACGCUAUACAUUGAAGAACAUCUAUCCGAUGCGCGGCUUCACGAAAAAGAAGACCUCGCCCCUAGACAGCGUCAAAUGACGUACUACGGGUACUCCUUCGAAUCGUGGUGUACGUCCUCUCGGCCAGGCAUUCCUGAGCGCGCAAAGGGCCAUCCGGUAGGAUGGGGCGGGGACGUGGACACCAAUGUUCAGUGGUGUAGCCUCAUCAAGACCAAGCUCGGCGAUAAUCGCCUGGUCAUCGGAGGCGAGGUUGACUGCGUACGAGAUAAGUUUAAUGGACGAACGGAUACGUUCGUUGAGCUAAAGACCUCGAUUAUGAUCCGCAAUGCAGGCGACGAGGCUCGCUUCGAAAAGAAAAUGCUCAAGUUCUACAUGCAAUCCUUCCUACUAGGUGUUCCGGAAAUCGUCGUAGGAUUCCGAACGCCGGCAGGACAGAUCACGACGACGCAGUCGUUCAAGACCGUCCAGCUCCCCCGCCUCGUGCGCGGGAAGCCAGGCGCAUGGGAUCCCCAAAUAUGCUUCUCUUGGGCCCAGCAGUUCCUGACAACGCUCAAGUCCACGCUCUCCGCUCCCCCCGAACCCACAGAAGCACCUAGCGGCGAGGGCAGCCCCCCGAGCGAGCCGUCGGCCAGGGUCUGGCGAAUCGUUCUGGCGCCCGGAGAGGGCGCGAAAGUCUCCUUGCUUGACGAGGUUGGAGUCAAGGAAGUGGAGGCUGGAGAAGACAGGGUGGGGAUCUUGCCAAGGUGGUUUUACGACCAAGUUGUUGGCAAGAACGUGGAAGCUAGCGCCGUUGCAAGCACACCCAGCGAGCCUGCGGCGGUUCGGAGUGGCGCGUCGGCACCUAAUAGCACAUCUCAUCUAGGAUGGAACAUUUAA